CGCCCUCUAGGCAGUUGUCUUGUCCUCAGCCUCCACACGGCGAUCUCCUCCAACGACGACGUCGUCUCACCUUCCGGAGAAACAUCAUCAACUUCUGCUGUCCAUCUCCCCAAUCUGUACACUGCCACGUGUCCCUUCCCUCCUCCCCCACUGUUCAUCUCGCUGCUUCUUUGAACUCGCCGGAAAUUUCUAUCCGACCGGUCCCUGCAAAUUCUGGUCUUCUCCGUCCCGCCCGCUGCUUCUCUACAACUAGAACCCACAAUUGACAAAUAGCUCCUGGCUUUCGAGGAUGCCGUUUUGUUCUCACUGUAGAAAGAAAGUCAGUGGAAUUAACGAUGGUGGUAGAAUAUCGUGUUCUGGGUGUGGGAAGGUUUUAGAGUAUGACCUUUACUCUGAGGAACCCACAUUCGUUAAAAAUGCGGCCGGCCAGAGCCAAUUGGCUGGAAGAAAUGUACGUAGCAUUCAGAGUGAUGACUCAGCUUCUCGUGCAAGGAUAUUCGAGAAUGCUGAAUACGAAUUAAGAUGCAUGAGAAAUGCUUUAGAUAUGGGAGAAAAUGAAGAAAUUGUUGACAUUGCUAAGCGCUUUUUUAGAAUUGCAGUAGACCGGAAUUUCACCAGGGGGCGUAAAUCAGAGCAAGUGCUGGCUUCGUGUCUUUACAUUGCAUGUCGGGAAAAGAGGAAGCCGUAUCUUCUUAUUGAUUUUUCAAAUUACUUGAAGAUAAAUGUUUAUGUGCUAGGUGCCGUGUUUUUGCAGCUUUGCAAAGUUUUUAUGCUUGAUGAGCACCCAAUUGUUCAAAAACCUGUUGAUCCAUCUUGGUUUAUUCAUAAAUUUACAGAGAGUUUACCAGGAGGAACAGAUAAAGGGGUUAUCCAAACUGCACAGCGGAUUAUCACUAGCAUGAAACGGGAUUGGAUGCAGACAGGCAGAAAACCCAGUGGGCUAUGUGGUGCUGCAUUAUAUAUAUCUGCACUUUCACAUGGUCUCAAGUGUUCCAAGUCUGAUAUUAUCAGAAUUGUGCAUGUUUGUGAUGCAACAUUGACCAAGCGGCUGGUUGAGUUUGAGAAUACAGAAUCUGGAAGCUUGACGAUUGAAGAGUUCCUUGUAAAGGCAAGGGAGCUAGAAGAAUUAAGCCAAGAACCAAACUUGGCAGUAAAAGUUGAUAACACAGAUGAAGUCCUUUGUGAGCAUAAGGGUAGUGCAAAACCUUUUCAAUAUGGACUUUGUAGAGUUUGCUAUGAUGACUUUAUGCAAAUUUCAGGUGGACUUGAGGGAGGGUCUAAUCCUCCAGCUUUCCAGCGUGCCGAAAUAAAGAGAUUGGAGGAAGCAUCUACUGAGGAAAAUGCUAAUGACUCUGGUGUUGAUAGCAUGCCUUGUCAAAGCCUAGACAACAGUAAAGAGAUAUUAAAUUGUGAGAAAGAACCGAACAAUUCAAAAGCAGAAAGUGGGGGCGAAGGAUUGCAGUUUACAGAGCCUGAAAGUGUUGGUGAUGAUACGGUGAAAACAGGUGCUGAGGGGGGUACUGAAGAUUGUGAUGAACCUGACAACCUUUCGGAUAUUGAUGACGCAGAGGUUGAUAGCUACCUUCUAAAUGAAGAGGGGAAACGUUACAAAAAGAUGAUUUGGGAAGAAGUGAACCGGGAGUACAUUGAGGAGCAAGCAGCUAAGGAGCGAGAAGCCAAGGCUGCUGGUAUGGAUCCCAACUGUCCAGAAGAUGCAAAGAAGGUAGCCACAGCAAAGAAAAGAAAGGAAAGGCAACUAGCUCGAGCAGCUGAAGCAAGGAAUGAUACUGAAGCUCAAACUGCUGCAGAAGCUGUCCACCAAAUGUUGACUAAGAAGAGACUCAGCUCAAAAAUCAACUUUGAUGCCUUAGAGGACAUGUUCCAAACAGCUGAGGCUCUAGAUAACUCCAAGAAAAAGAAAGAAUCACAUCCUGACAUUGAUGCUGAGAUGCAACAUGAAGAGGGGCUUGAAUUCGAUGCAUACAAAAAUGAUGAAUAUGAAGAUGAUGGAAAUGAAGGAACAGUUGGCUACAAUAUUCUUGAUCCUGAAAAUGUUGAUGAACAGUACGACUAUGAAGAUUAUGGUUAUGGUGAUGACUACUGAUGUAGCUUUCAAUCAGCAAUUUAACAACUUUGAAAA